AUCUCCUGAUCUGGUGAAGCCUGGAUCUGUCGCUAAGUCAGAUUUACAAAGGUCUCGAACAUCGCAGUUUCGUACACUGCUUCGGUAUCUAGUUGAGAAAGGAUAAAAUCAUGCGCGGAGCUAUUUUGUUAACACUAGUCGUGGUCCUGGGGCUCGUCUGCGUAUGUUGCAAAGGGACUGACGUCAAAAAGAGCCCAGAAGGCUCCUUACUUCUCGACAUAGAUCCUAAGGUUGCCAAUGCCCCUGGAGACGACAAAAAGAAACCUGGACCCGAAAACGAUCCACACGGCUGGAGAUGGAGGUUUAGAUACAGAAAAGGAUAUCGUAGACGUCGGUACCCAUCGCGUAGACCUUACCCGCCGCAUCACACACAUCCACCGCCGCCACCAACACCAGCUACUUCUGUGCCUUGUUCUUCAUCAAGGCCAGACGGUGUCCAGUGGGCAAAUGAGUGGACAAAAUCUCUUGAUUUCGAGUGUCCAAAAGGCCAGACAUUGAUCUACAUGAAGAGCGACUACAGUGAAUGCCAUCAUGACCGAAUCUGGGCGUUCGGUUGUGGGUAUAACGAGGCCUCUUAUGAACACUGCUUCUGGGAACACAAUUUCGCCAAUGACCUAAGAGAUGGCAUCUUCUUUAACUGCCCGAAUCAUGGUUUCGUAGCAGGUGUGAAAGCCGAAUAUUUUCCAGUGGGAGAUCGGCGCUACAAGUUUAAAUGUUGCAAUGACAGAAGAUUUGACCAUGAAGCUUGUCACCAGUCCCCCACACUGAACAAGGCCGGGGAAAACUUAGAGUUUAAGGUCGAUAGAGACAAGCGAGAUUAUAUCACUGGCAUUUCCAGCUGCUUUCACUAUUACAAGAGGGACAGGACAUGGAAGAUCGACUACUGCAAGUCAGUGCAAAUGCUUCAACCUGAGAAAAAAGAGGUCAUCGAGAACUGACGGCAAAUCCCACGUGACCGACAUUAUAAGCAACAAUAACUUGUCUCUUUUUCUGUGUUGGCAGACCACUGAAAGUAGUUUUUAGUAUUAAAAUAGUGAGAAGCAAAUUAUUAAGCUACACGACAAAAAAAGUAGUUUUUCGUAACAUAAGUUUGGACGGCGUAAUUUCCUCCUGUUGUACUGUAUUAACUUAGUCUGUAAAAUAUGUGGAAUGUGUGGUAAAAUAAAACUAAGUAUUUUUUCAAACAA